GCUCCUCGGCCUGCUGCACAGGGUGGGAGCCCCGGGUGAAUGGGACGAGCCCACAGUCACCGCCAGCGCUUGAAUGAACAGCACUGACAUUGCAUUGCACCUGACCGCUCGGUUUUCCGACUAAGUCAAACCCAGCAGCCCUCAAGUUUCUUGUCACUCACUUAGCCAUGCUAGGUCCUACAUGGAUCUCUAUUUGGCCACCUGCACUGUGCUAGGAAUCCGGGAAAAUUGAAUGAAUAUCGUGUCCAUCGCCUUUUGGAAGAGAGAGAGCCAGAUACUUGUGGUGUUUAAUCAAAACAGAAAAUGCUGGUCAGGAAGCAUCUAUGGAAAGACAAACUGUCAACGUUUUGGUUUUGAGAUCCUGGCGGACUCGCUCCUCUCCGGAAUUACUAAUCCACCUGGCCUCAUACCUUCCCUUUAACCAUCACUCUGUUUUUCUUUCUAUGAAUUCUGCCUGGCCUGCUGAGUGUUUGCAGUAUUUUAUGUUUUUGUUUCAGAUUACCAGCAUCUGCGGUUUUAAAUUUUUUUUUAAACUUGGAAACAUUUUUCCCAAGUUAUAUGUUUCAGAUUUCCCAAAAUGCUGAGCAGUCGGAUGUUGAAAGCAGUAAAGAUGUUUGCAUUGUCACCCAGUGGAGCAUGUGUGACGAAACGAUGCUCAUGGGAACGAGCACAGGCAUUAUCCUCUUCGGUUGCGCACGGAAUCAUUCGAAAAGACAGAUGGACAAACAACAACAGAUACUUGCCCACUUUUCCUGUGAGUGAGGGUAUUGGAAUGUAUGGAAGUUCCUUAGUUUGUCACACAAGGAUGCUGUCAUUGGCCUCGUGCUUGUCUGCUACAGCAGUUUCAGCUCCUCGCCCUGGCUGGUAUGAGAGUUUUUCUGAUUCGGUGCCUGUUCACUUGAUGGAGGACCUAUUGACUAAUAUGCAGCAGACCACAGGACUGCCAUGGUGGACAACUAUAAUUUGUACAACAGUGGUGUUACGAGCAACUGUGACACUUCCACUUGCUGUUUACCAGACAUACAUUAUUGCCAAGGUCGAAAAUCUACAGCCAGAAAUUGCAGAGCUAGCCAAGCGAUUACGUUAUGAAGUUUCCGUGCGUGCAAAGCAAGUUGGGUGGUCUGAAAGUGUAGCUCGUUUCCAUUUUAGGAAAAAUUUGAAAAGGAUCAUCUCGGAGCUGUAUGUGCGUGACAAUUGUCAUCCUUUCAAAGCCAGUCUUCUCGUCUGGGUCCAGCUGCCGCUCUGGAUAUUCAUCUCCUUUGCUUUGCGAAACCUGAGUCUAGCAGCAUCUGAUCCUUCAGCAGUAUCAGCUGCCCAGGACCUAUCUGUGGGUGGUGUACUCUGGUUUCCUGAUCUGACUUUGCCUGAUUCUACCUGGAUAAUGCCCAUAUCCUUGGGGCUCAUUAACCUUUUAAUUGUUGAGAUUUUUGCUCUCCGGACAAUUGAGUUGUCAAAAUUUCAGAAAUACGUCACAUACGUGAUCCGUGGAUUUUCAGUGCUCAUGGUCCCAAUUGCUGCAACAGUGCCCUCGUCAAUGGCUCUCUAUUGGCUGACAUCCAGCUGUGUGGGUCUUGGACAGAAUUUGCUGCUGCGUGCUCCCAGCCUUCGCACACUGUGCCGGAUUCCCAAGAUGAAGUCCGAUUCAGACACUCCCUUCAGAGACUUAUCAGCAGGAUUUCUGGCAAAAUAUUUCCCUAGGAAGUGAUCAACAGA